AUAAAUUCACCUGCCCUUUAGUGCCACUAAGGACAAGGGGGGCAAAGCCCCCCGUUGGUAAGAGCCCAUUGGAAGUUAUGUGGUGAACCUGGAGGGAUUAUAUAUCUGCUGCAGGACGUUGUGGGCUGCUCUGCUGUCUGUUUGAAGCAGUGUUGCAGGAGGGAUGUCGGGUGUGGUGGCAGGUGUGUGGUGUCGCAGCGCCCUGGACCCCACAUUGCUGCUGGCUUUGCGACACAGCUGGCCCGGGACUUGUCUGAGGGCGGGAGGCAGGCGGGGGUUGGCGACUGCUGCCUGGGCACCACGAGGCUACCCACACCACCUGGAGAGAUGUUUGCUCCACCCAAGACUUACUUAUGUCAGAGAGUGGUGGAGAGGCCAGCAUGGGGGGGGAGGGUCGACGGAGGUCACACCGACACCACCAGCAGCGGCGGCCACAAAGCUCCCGCAGGGCUCAGGGACGGCGGUGACCCCAAGACUCAAGCCACCAUCCAUGUCAGAGAUGAGUAGACUCUUCGCCCUGGCCAAGCCGGAACGAUGGACCCUUGCAUAUGCCAUUGGUCUCCUCACAGUCUCCAGCAGCAUCACCAUGGCCGUUCCCUUCGCCCUGGGCCACGUCAUUGACCUCAUCUACACAGCCGGUGGUGUUGACGCUAGUGGCGGUGAGAGCCUCAAGCGGGUGUGUGUGCUUCUUUCGGGUGUGUUCCUCACAGGCGCUGCUGCUAACUUUGGCCGGGUGUACCUCAUGAAUAUUGCAGGGCAGCGCAUCACCAAGUCCCUGAGAGUGGCGGUGUUCUCCUCCAUUAUGCACCAGGAGACGGGAUUCUUCGACAACACAAAGACCGGCGAGCUUGUCAACAGGCUCUCCGCCGACACUGCCCUUGUCUCCCAGGCCGUCACUUCCAACAUAUCCGACGGUCUCAGGUCCUCCGUCAUGGCGCUGGCUGGUGUGGGCAUGAUGUUCUACAUGUCCCCUGAGUUGGCCAUGGUAGGGUUGUCCAUCGUACCACCCGUGGCUCUCUCAGCGGUGUUCUACGGGAGAUAUGUCAAGAAUAUUACGAGGAAAGUGCAGGACACACUCGCGGCAGCAACACAAGUGGCCGAGGAGCGAAUAAGCAACAUCCGCACCGUGCGCUCCUUCGCGGGUGAGAUGGGGGAGGUGGAGCGCUACCGGAGGAGGGUGGAUGAGGUGCUGCGGAUGACCUACCGGGAGGCCUUCGCUCGGGGGGUGUUCUUUGGCCUGACUGGACUCAGCGGCAACAUCAUCAUCCUGUCGGUGCUAUACUAUGGGAGCGGGCUGGUGGCGGAGUCAGCGUUAAGUGUGGGCCAGCUCUCCUCCUUCCUUCUGUACGCCGCGUAUGUUGGCAUUUCACUAGGAGGCCUGUCGGGCUUCUACUCCGAGAUGAAUCGCGGCCUCGGGGCUUCCACUAGACUGUUCCAGCUCAUCGACCGCAAGCCUGAGAUGCCUGUUCUUGGGGGCAUCCGUCUUGACUCGGCUACCUUUCGUGGUGAUGUCCAGUUCUCAGGGGUCAGCUUCGCCUACCCGAGCCGGCCCGACACACCCAUCUUCAGGAGCCUUGACCUCAGCGUGCCUGCAGGCAGUGUGGUGGCAGUGGUGGGGUCCAGCGGAUCGGGGAAGAGUACCAUCGGGUCACUGCUGCUACGUCUCUAUGACCCCCAGGCUGGCCAGGUCACGGUGGAUGGAGUGCCAGUGACCCAGCUUGACCCAUCGUGGCUCAGAGCUAACAUUGGAGCUGUCAGUCAGGAACCCAUGCUCUUCUCCACCACCAUCCGGGAGAACCUGCUGUAUGGCGUGGCGGACCCAGAGGCAGUGACGGAUGAGGAGCUCCUGUCCGCCGUCCGCCAAGCCAACGCUCUGCCCUUCAUCCAGUCCUUCCCUGAGGGCCUCGACACGCUGGUGGGGGAGAGGGGCAUCAUGCUCUCCGGGGGCCAGAAGCAGCGGAUAGCGAUAGCCAGGGCACUGAUCACCAACCCUCGGAUACUGCUGCUGGAUGAGGCGACCAGCGCCUUGGAUGCCGAGAGUGAGAGUCUGGUGCAGGAGGCGCUGGAGAGGCUGAUGGAGGGGCGCACCGUCAUCACCAUCGCCCAUCGGCUCUCUACCAUCAAGAAUGCCAGCCAGAUAGCCGUGUUGGACAAGGGGGCCGUGGUGGAGUUGGGGUCCUACUCGCAGCUCAUGGCUCAUCCGGGGGGAAUAUUCUACAAGCUGGUGGAGCGGCAGACCAUCACCAGCUGAGACCAAUGAGAACGUUCCGUCUUUUGUUCUUCCUAGUGUCAGCCAGGCCACUCUGGGAACACUCAGGUUAGAUAGAGGUGUGAGGUGUGGAGUCUGAAAGCUGUGAAUGGUGGGGGUACAUGAGGUGUUGUGUGUGGGUGUGGGUGUGCGUCUGCUCAUGAAUAGCCUGUGUGGUGCGAUAGCUGCUGACAUUGUGCUGUUGGAGUGUCUAUAAAGAGAGAAACAUCACUCCCCAUUAAGUGGAAGGGUAGAGUAUUAGAGUAUCAGGAAGAGGGGAAAGGCUGGGAAAAUGAAAGUGGAGGUUCUGCUUCAACGAGUCUCUUGAGGGAGAUCCAAAGAGAAGGGUUAGAGUAGAGAAUGGAGGUGAUAAAGAUCUUGCCACAGAAAGAGAGGGAGGUGAUCAGAAUCAAGUGAUAAAAAAUAGCAGGACCAAAUGGAUACAAAUUUUAGAAGUGUUGUGCAAAUACUAGUACUUAAUUAUUUUUCGGUGAUGGUUGUGCAACGGUAUCGUGAGAAUAAUUACGUACAUAUAAUUAUAAUGAUUGGUGUCCCCAAAUUGUGGGCCACCAAGUUAAUGGGACAAUUCCUGUCAUGAUAUUACUUACAGGCUCAGGGACUAACCUGUUGACUAAUAACUACCAGACUUGCCCGACUGUUUCCCUAUUCACCUCUCUUCAACACCUGCUUCUCCUCCCUCCUCACUCACCCUUCAUGGCUAACACCUCACCGUUAACAGCAUACGAUAUACUCAAGACUAGGCAUUUACGUAUUAUCAUUGUUACAAGCAGGAAAUAUAUUGUGAUGAUGUAGAGAGCGAGACAUUUUGAUGCGCUCUCUGGUUUGUGAUUGAAUGUAAAUAACCAGAUACAUAUUUUUCCUAAUCUGCAUCAAGCCACAGUGAAGCGUUCCCGUGGCUCAAUAAACAGACCAUACCGGUAUUAGAGAGUGUGUUGCAGAUUAACAAGAACAAAUAUAUGCAAUGUAAUAGGAACAUAAAUGCAUAAAUCACAUACACACAACAUAACACACACACACACAUCUUGCCAUUUCAUCAAAGAAGCCGUUGUUUUGUAAUAUUUAAUUUUCUUUAGUGAAGGUUGUGAAAGUAAAAGGGGCACUCUUUCAAAUACAAAAUAAGGCAUGUACACAAACUUCUGCAAGAGACAGGAGUAGACUAUCAUAAGUUUUGUAUUCUUGAAUAUAUGCAGCAAACUCAUGCCUUAUUCAGACUGACUUAUUAUGCACAAUUCAUGACACCAGUAGUCAAACACUUAGGUGGGUAUUUACCUUUUUGUGUUCUUUGCAUGCUCCUUGAUGUGAUUUCUUGUUGAUGCAUUGGCUAUAAUUAUGUAGAUGAUUAUUCCCUUCUGUUUCUUUAGUUAUGAUGUGUUCAUGCCUAGGUUUUAUUUAUUUCUUUGUAGGAUACUCUGCAUAAAGUGCACAUCUUACAUAUGAAUUAAAGUAGAUGUUUAUAAAACAUCAGCUACUUAGGUCUGGCAGGGUGGUAGUUGAUGCACCUGACCCACGGCUGUGACUAAAGUCUAGGCAUUGUGGCCUUGCUGGGCGUGCAGUGGGGCAGCGGUGGCAUCACUGGUGCAAUGAAUGAGUUUGGUUGUGGUGAGCCUGACUCAAAUUUCACAUAAAGACAUUUCAGGUGAUGUUCCUCUGAAGGAUAAAAUAACAUCAACCUCGGUGAAGAUGAAGAAUUUAAACAGCCAAUUCAUUCUUAAAUAUUGAGUAACAAUCUCCCACUUUUAGAGCACUGCACAUCACAAAUGAUGGUGCAUAUACACAUGGCAGCUCAAGUCAUUGUAAAAUACGAGGCACAAUCUGUUUGGAGCUGUUGUUUCUAAUUUAAAUUAAUUGUUGAUGAGUUUAUAACUUUUCAAAAUUUGCUUUAAGGAAGAGCCACAUAAAUAUGGCCUAAAACUUUUAUGCUUUAAUUUAUUACAAUUUUCAGAAAGUCAAGUAGACCUGAUCAUUUAAAAUUAUUGGAAAAUGUUAGUUCUGUUUUUAUAUGUUUAAACCAAUCACAAUGCUUUUUAAGUGCAUUUCACACACACACACACACACACACACACACACACACACACACUUACUCACAGUUGUACAUCAUUGUACACUUCCCUUCCUGCCUCUUUCUUUCACACAUGCCUCAGUCCUAUCAGUCUAUCUUAUCAAUGACUUCCUAUACUCCCCUUCAGAGACCAUCCACCCUUCAGUAUGACUAAUAAACUAUCUAUUCACAAACUCAUUGUUCUUUUUGUGGACUUUUCUAUGUAUUAUAAGAAUAAUCACAGACAAGAGCAUAGAAUAUAUUAGGAAAAUUUAUUGACAGUAGCACACUAAACAAAGAUGUCUCAGAAUGAAACAUUUUUGAACCAUGUAGUAUUAGAGUACACUGAAGAGACAGCAGACAUAAUACAUGGAUAUUUUAGUGUGUAUGUGUGUGUGUGUGUGUGUGUGUUUUGCAUGUUUUUAAGUUUACCAUACACCCUGUUGUUGUUGUUAUUGUUGUAUUUAUUUAGUUAUUUAUGCAUUUUGUUUGUUUUUGUAGUAGCUUUAUGGUAGCUUGGUUAUGGGUUUGCCCAGAGGAGGCUUUGAAGGCACCAGCUGCAUAGCGGAGGGGAGGAAAGAAAGUUUGUCUUGUAAGACCACGUAUGAUUGUUGUCUUUUGCUUGCUGUCGGAGGUGCUUAUACGUAUAGACCUGACAUACCCUUUUGGCUCAUUAUCUCAAGAAAUAAUUUGUUACAUUUUCCAUAUUUUUCCCAUCAAAACAGAGCCUAAAACUCAGCAAUGUCUGAAGGAUAAGUGUUUGACUGACAUUCUUGUACGUAUUCAAAAUAUAGCUAUGUGAUGUAGUGGUUAGCUCGCCUAGCCAUAAAUCUGCAGGCCGUGGUCAGUCAGCACCUCCGGCUCACCCAGCUGUUCAUCUUCCCUUUUGGGGUGGUUGAUAAAUAGGUACCUGGGGGAAGGUAAAGUGGCAAAUUGGAUGUCACACUGGCUCAGUGUCCCAGAGUAGAGGUCUUACCCACCACGGGCCCAAGGUUCAAUGAGACUGAGAUGAACACUGUGGCCAGCUUUGCGUAUGUACCCAAAUUUACCUCUGCCUUGAGGGAAGGAGUGGUGUGAGGCUGAUAAUUUAUAAUUUAUGUUCACCUCUUGCUGCAAUCAUAAUUUUAUAUUUAUACAAAACCAGUGACAUUCUUCCAUUCUUAGUAGUGGCAAAUAGAAUUACUGUUAAGAGUCUUUUGAGCAGUGAGCCAGCAAGGGAGUGGUAGGUGUUAUUAGAGGACACUGACAGCUGAAAUAUAAAGGCCAUACCAUCCACUUGAAGCAAUUGGGAAACAUUCACCUAAUCAAUACUCACCAUUUCCAUGAGCACUCACAGCAGGAAAAAAAUAUAGUCUGGAAAAUUGAGCAGAGGUACAAAAUGAAUUAGUAUUGUCAAAGUAACACUUGAUUAUUGAACCUCAUUUUGACUAUCAUUCAUAUACUUCACCUCAAUUUUCCAGAGUAGUUUCUUUUAAUAUAAGUACUAAUUGGAAUGAUGUGCACAGAUUGGGAAACACACUCUUCCAAAGCUUAGAUUUUACUGGCAUUCCUGCAGACUGAAAACCACUCACCCAACCUUCAUCUUACCCUCUUGGUGUCUCUCUACCUGCUAUUUCUUCUUUGUGUCUGUCUGUCUGCCUCCUGGUCUGAACUCUACAUUAGCAAAACAGACUUAUUUACAGACAAGGUGGCAGGAUAAUAGGCAGACUCUCAUGCACAAUAAAAGCUAAUGAUGGUCUUUAUACACAGCUGACAAGACAUGAAAAGAACAUAAUACUGAAGACCAAAAGAAUUGUUUAUUUAAGAAAAAUGUAUAAUAGCUAUUUUUCCCGAUGGAUAUAUAGUAUAUUGUAGGUGCGAGUAAAUGAGAUGUAUACAUUCUUUAUAUUGGUAAAAUAAACAUAGUUGAUGAU